UUUUGUUUUAUCUUGUUCGUCAGUGGUGGUUCUCGUUGGUUGGAGCCACGUUGGAGCAAAUAUUAUUAUUUUUUUUAAAUACACUUGUGUUUUUAGGAUGUGUUACUUUAAAGUGUUUGAUAAAUUUGUACAAGAUAAUUCAAUUUAUUAUCAGUCAGUAGAUCCUACAUUUUCAUUACAAACAAAACGCACCGUCAAAAAUGAAGUAGGUAAACAAAAGUUUCAAGUUGCCUUUUGUAAAUGUUUACAAUAGCGGCCUUAUCAUUAAUCAUGUAUGACACAGAUCAAAUUCGUAGAAUAUUUAUGAAAUGAGAUUACUUCUAAAUUCAAGUAAUCACAAACAAUGAAACAGAGAAACCAUGGCGAAAGACGGUAAGUAGCAUAUCAAUGAUCGCCCACAGCAUCCCGCACAUCCAGCAGCGGUUCCACUGGGACUGCGGAGUCACAUGCGUGCUGAUGCUGCUGGACCAGCACCAACGACAGCAGUUCCUGGACAACUUCACCGAGAUCUGCCAGGAGGAGGGCUUCAAACAGUCCACGUGGACCAUAGACUUAUGCUAUUUAUUAAUGAGAUUUGGAAUACCACAUACCAUGUACACAACAAUGGUGGGGGUCAACGAAAAUCACAAAAAACAGAAUUAUUACAGCAAAAUCAUUGAUUUGGAUCGCGAACGUGUCCAAAGAAGGUUUGCGCAAGCGUCGGCGAACGGCAUCAAAGUGGUGCCGCGCGGAGUGACGCAGCAGGAGCUGCUGCAGCACCUGCAGGCCGCGCCCGCCGUGCUGCUGGUGGACGCCGCGCUGCUCAGCUGCGACAUCUGCAAGCACAACAAGAUGCGCUUCGAAUUUAGACGUUGGUUUGGCGGCGGUUACCGCGGCCACUAUAUCCUGUGCGCGGGCGCGCGCGGCGCGCUCGUGCUGUACCGCGACCCGUCGCGCGCCGCGCGCGCCGCGUGCGCCGCGCGCGCCCCGCGCGUGCUCGCCGCGCACCGCGCGCGCGGCACCGACUGCGACGCCAUCCUCAUUCACAGGAGCUAUAGAUAGGUGCUGCAUUAUCAUCGCGACAAUUUUACAAACUUUGGUUUUUUUAUUUGAUAUUUAUUUAUUUUAUAUUACCUCGUGUUUCUCGCUCGUGGGAAUUGUACUGAGCGAGAAAUGUUCUCUAGUCAUUAUACAAGACUUCCUUAUUGAUAAUCGAGAUGUUAAUAUUGUCGCAAUGAUUUUUACGUAAAUAUUAUUGACGUAAUAUAGUUCAUUAGUACAAAAUGAAUUGUUUGCUGCGGUUAAACAAUGCAAUAUAGUUCAGACACUUAGAGAAAAUGUCAAUUAUUCCAUCCAUAGCUAAGCUUCGUCUAUGCUAUAAGUAUUAUACGUACAAAUGCCAUAUAAAUAUUACUCAAAAUAUAUAUGUACUUGUGGUAUAAUGCACUUCUCCCUAUAAGUACAUACAUAUUUUAAAACAAAAAAGUUAUUUACAAUUUUUUAUUAAAUUAUGCCUAAUAAAAGAAGUAGGUGAAUGUGAUCACUGCCAGAAAUGUUAUAAAUAAAUAAGUAGGUUUUUAUUAACGUGCUCAAUAGAUAAGGCCUAACAAUAAACAAUAGAACUAUGUACAUAUUAAAAUUCGAACAUGUUUUGAUUAUUUCACAUUAUCACAUCCAGAUCAAAAUUAAAAUGACUAUAACUAGAUGGGUUAAUUAAUUGACCCCAUGUACAUCAUGUGGACGUCAACAUUUUAUUUAUCAUUUUUGUUUUAAUGUUUAUACACCACCCGUUUGUUGGAUCCUAAGAUUUGACUUACAGAGAGUGUCUUGUGGCAAUUAGGUCCACUUGUUGAAUAAUAAGUUGUGCAAUAUGGUUAUAAAUUUCUAUUGUGAAUAUACCUACCUACUGCUAUAUGGAAAUGUGUACACACAUGGUGCAUACAGUAUUUAUCUACAGUGAAAAACGACGUACAAAUUUUUGUUUCUAAAUAUUGAAAAGAAUAUUAAUAUACUUAAUUCAGAAAAACAUUACGUUUAUUAGCCACUUUUAGAAUAAGUAACACUGUUUUUAUUCCUUUUUGAACUAAAAAUUUAUCAAAAUAGUGAUAUUUUAUAUUAUAUUAUAUAUACGGAAAUCUUCAAAACAAUGUUGCCAAAACGAAAAAAUAAAUAAAUUUUACGCACUUAAUAUGCUAUGCCCUAGACACCAAAUAUUACAUCCAUUACAGCACCCUCUAUUGUACUCUGUCCAUGGCGUGCCUUACGAUCAUUUACAUGUAGAAGAAAAUGUAAUUUAGCCGUGUAUGUAGAAUACAUAUAAUCUCUCGUUAAAUUCUACUGAUGUUUCGAAAUCAGCUUGCCUAAAACAGUUGUGACAUCUAUCUCUUAGCUAUUACAUAAUAUUGUUCUCUUGUUAAUGUACCUACUUCAAACCAAUAAAAAUAACUUUAAGAGUG